GCUGUAUACAACUCCCAGCUGGCUGGGUCCAGUACACUUCUUACUUUCGCCUCGAAGCAAAGAGACCGGCUGUUUAACAGGGCAUGAUGACUACGCCAUACGGACUGUGUGUCUUACUGAUUAUCACAAUUCCUGCACACAUUACUGCUUUCAAAGAUGGAGCUCCGGACAGUGUAUGUGACUCCAUGACGCCAGAGCACCACUCUACUCCUCAAACUAAACCAUCACCAUACACAAUCACUCCAAGCAAGUUAAAAAUCAAGGCUGGUGAAUCUCUACAAGUGACCCUGUCUGGAACUGACAACACCAAGUUCAGAGGAUACUUUAUUCAGGCCCGUGUCGGCAACACUCCUAUUGGAAAAUUUGAGAAGGGACCAGAAAUCAAUUUAGUCAACUGUGGAAGUGGUGUAGGGUCUGCAGCCACUCACACUGAUAACAAAGACAAAAACUCUAUUACACUCAAAUGGACGGCUCCUGAAGGUCUCACAGAAAGUGUUCGUUUCCGUACCACUUUUGUCCAAACUGGACCUGUAUACUGGGUUGGUCAAGAAUCUCAGCCCAUCACUGUAACAUAAGGAACAAUAUUGGGACAGAACUUAUUCAUGAAGAUAGCUACAGUAAUAUAUGCCUGUUGUUGCAGAGUAUAUUUUUACCAAGACUACUGGGACCAAGAGAAGCAAGUCCAAUAAGAAAUAUGUCAUAAGGAAUUGUAUACUUCCACUUUACAUACAACUUUUAUAUAAUGCACUGCAAAGUUUUAAUAUAGUUAUAUUUUAUGUAUCAGAAUAGACAACUUAUAAAUUCAGUUCAUGGUAUAUUAUAUAACCAUCCUCAAUAGUGAAGAGUUCUGUCUUCUGGGAUAUAAUUCUGUGCAGUAUGAUGAAAGUCAAUGAAUGCUUCAGAAGAACGUGUCUUCCCCAUUUUCAGAACUGAAGAGCAAGCCAAACAAGAAACCAGCAUGAAGCGGGCAUCAAGAUCGUGUGGGAUGUGAAAACAUGGGAUUACUUAGAAGCAUACUGGACCUUGGAAGCCAAACCAUUAGUUUGCACUGAUAAUCCCACGUUUUUAUAAGCUGUGUGUUCGGUUUGCUGCCUUCUUGCUUGGCUUACUCUUCAAGCUUGAAGAUGGACGCAACAUGUCGCUCCAAAACACUGACUGACUUUCAGCGGACUACAUGGCGUUAUAUACCAGAAGACAGAACUCUUCACAUCCACUGCUGUGAAAACCCCAAAUCCUACAUGCUUAAUAGUAUAUGUAAGCAUAACUGAUAAUCUUCUGCAUGUCUUCAUGUAGUUGUAUCAGUUCAAAAGGAAGUCAGACAAACUAUAAUUUUACAAUUCCUUGAAAAUUAAAAAUCAAUGUUCUAUAGAACUUGGAGAUAUGCUUUUGUUAACCACCUAUAAUUGUAAUCUUGGGUAUUUCAUCAUAAUAAGAGAAUACCAAACAUUUGUAUUUUCUCUAAGCAAAUAUAUAGUAAACCUUUCCUU